UUAGCAAUAUGUGUCGUAUAGAAUUUUGUUUACUCGUGUUUAGUAUAAGCAUCAUAGAUGCAUCAACCUUAAACGGAGCGCAGCCAUCGAGUCGAAACAAUGAGCUAAAGCAGUUUCCUUCCGACUUCUUAUUUGGAGCAGCUACUUCUUCGUACCAGAUCGAAGGGGCAUGGAAUGAAGGAGGUAAAGGUUGGUCAAUGUGGGACCACCUCGUCCGUACAGCCCCAGAACAUAUAGCAGAUAACACGACAGGAGACGUCGCUUCGAACUCCUACUACUUUUACAAACGCGAUGUCCAAAUACUCAAAGAACUCGGGGUCAAUAUCUACAGAUUUUCCAUUUCUUGGCCUAGAAUACUUCCAUAUGGCCGCCCUGACUAUGUCAACCGGGAAGGGGUGGAUUAUUAUAAUAAUUUGAUCAACGAACUAUUAGCAAAUGAUAUAACUCCAUUUGUAACCAUGUAUCAUUGGGAGUUGCCACAGAACUUAAACGAAAGAGGCGGUUGGCUUACAAGAGACACGGACGAUGAAAAUAUUAUAGAUUGGUUUGGCGAUUACGCUCGUGUUUUAUAUCGCGAAUUUGGGGAUAGGGUGAAGCAUUGGUUGACGAUUAAUGAACCAUACAUUCACUGCAAUCAUGGGUAUGGUUACGCAAACCAUGCACCUCGACGAUCUUCGCCUGGUGAGGGUUACUACGAAUGUGGAAGGAACAUUCUUCUAGCCCAUGCGAGGGCCUAUCAUAUUUAUAAGGAGGAGUUCUCACAAGGAGGACAAGUCGGUAUUGUUUUGAGUUGUGAUUGGGCUAUGCCAAGCACUGAUUCUGAGGCUGAUGCUCAAGCUGUUCUGGACUAUUUCGAUUUUCAUUUUGGAAUAUACAUGGAUCCAAUAUUCUCUCCUCAAGGAAACCAGCCGCAAUCACUUAUCGACCGCAUCGCAAAUAUGAGUGCUGCACAGGGUUACAGCGAAUCUCGCCUUCGUCCAUUUACUGAAGAACAGAUAGAUUAUAUGAGAGGGACUUCAGAUUUCCUUGCCCUUAAUCAUUAUACUAGUUAUAUCGUAUAUAAGAAUGAGUCUGUAAAUGGAAUGUAUGUAGUCCCUUCUCAUAAUGACGAUGCUCAAAUUGGCAUGUAUAGGGAUCCAUCUUGGCUGCAAUCGAUAAGUCCUUGGUUAUAUGGCUAUCCAGCAGGAUUGCAUAACCUCUUAGUAUACAUCAAGAAUAAGUAUAACAGUCCAACAAUUUACAUAACAGAGAACGGUUUCUCAUCAAAUCCUGGCCUGAUCGAUAACGACAGGGUUACAUACUAUCGUGGAUAUUUGAAUGCUGUGUUGGAUGCUUUAGAUGAUGGCGUUGAUGUAAGGGGCUAUUGUGCUUGGAGUUUGAUGGACAAUUUCGAAUGGGCUGCAGGUUUUACCGUCAGGUUUGGACUUUACCAAGUAGACAUGAACGACCCCGAAAGACCACGUACUCCACGAAAAUCAGCGCUAGUAUACAAGGAGAUCAUCAGGAGUAGAGUGAUAGAUCCAGAAUAUAAUCCUGACCCAUACGAGACAGACGGAAGCUACGUCAUCAAAACCUCCUGCGUCUUUGUAAUAACUCUAGCAUUACUUAAUAUUGUAUUAUAGAAUAAAUAAUUAUGGACUA